UUACCACCACGAGGUGCUUCCUUUGGGUUGGAAGUGUUUAGAACCAAAAUAGUCACAGUUUGGGGCAUUGGGUGUCAAGAAUGCCCACAAGUAAUCCACUUCCACCAAAAGAAAAUGCACUUUUCAAAAGAAUUUUGAAAUGCUAUGAACAAAAGCAGUACAAGAAUGGGUUGAAGUUUGCAAAGCAGAUUUUGUCCAAUCCCAAAUUCACAGAACAUGGAGAAACUUUGGCUAUGAAAGGCCUCACCCUGAACUGUCUGGGAAGAAAGGAAGAGGCUUACGACUUUGUGAGACGGGGGCUUCGUAAUGAUCUCAAAAGUCAUGUCUGUUGGCAUGUGUAUGGACUUCUUCAGCGCUCUGACAGAAAGUACGAUGAAGCCAUCAAAUGCUACAGAAACGCCCUGAAAUGGGACAAGGAUAACCUUCAGAUUCUGAGGGAUUUGUCUCUGCUGCAAGUACAGAUGAGAGAUUUGGAGGGAUACAGGGACACUCGCUACCAACUACUGGUGCUCAGACCGGGCCAGAGAGCCUCCUGGAUAGGCUAUGCCAUGGCCUUCCACAUGCUCAAGGACUAUGAUAUGGCUCUCAAGAUUUUGGAUGAAUUCAGGAAAACUCAACAGCCCAAACCAUUUGACUAUGAGCAUAGUGAAAUGAUACUUUACCAGAACACUGUGGUCCGAGAAGCAGGCAAUUUAUCUGAGGCACUGAAGCAUUUAGAGGAACAUGAUAAGGAAAUAGUGGACAGACUGUCAGUACAGGAAAUCAGAGCUGAUAUCUUGAUACAGCUCGAUCGUCAUGAGGAAGCUGCGGACAUAUAUCGGGAACUAUUAAACCGUAACCCUGAAAACUGGGCUUAUUACAAGGGUCUGGAGACCGCACUUAAAGCAGAAUCCGAGGAGGAUAGAAUGAAAAUUUAUGAAGAGGUGUUAGAGAAGUUUCCCAGUGCAUCUGCACCAAAGAGACUUCCUUUGAAUUUUACGACAGGUGACAGAUUCCGACGUCUAGUAGACAAAUAUCUCCAGCGAGCUCUGCAUAAAGGUGUUCCACCGUUGUUUGUUACUCUUAGGCCAUUAUAUAAAGACCCAGAAAAAAUUACAGUGAUAGAGGAGCUUGUUUUAGGGUAUUUAGAAUGUUUGAAGGAAAAGGAACGCUUUGACUGCUCAGGGGAGAAUACAGAGCUAGAGCCUCCUACUGCUCUUCUAUGGACGUACUACUACCUGGCAGAGCACUUCGACUACCGGGGCCAGACGGCAAAGGCCAUGGAGUACAUUGAACUAGCACUUGACCACACCCCCCUGCUGAUUGAGCUGCUUGUACUGAAGGCCAGGCUGUACAAACACGCAGGGGACAUGACCGAAGCUGUGAUACAUAUAGACGAGGCGCAGUCCCUUGAUACCGCUGACCGUUAUAUUAACUCCAAGUGUGCUAAAUAUCUACUGAGGGCCAGCAAGAUUCAAGAGGCUGCAGACAUGUGCUCCAAAUUUACUCGGGAAGGGGUAUCAGCAGUUGAGAACCUGAAUGAAAUGCAAUGCAUGUGGUUUCAAACUGAAUGUGCUGCUGCAAACCAAAGGUUAGGAAAGUGGGGAGAGGCAUUGAAAAAGUGUCUAGAAAUAGAUAGGCAUUUUACAGAGAUCAUAGAAGAUCAGUUUGACUUCCAUACAUACUGUAUGAGGAAGAUGACACUGCGGGCAUACAUAGGCUUGCUAAGGCUGGAGGAUGUCCUCAGGAGACACCCAUUCUAUCAAAAAGCUGCCAAAAUCGCAAUCGAGAUUUACUUACAUUUACAUGACCAUCCCCUGACAGAAAGUGAACAAAGUAAAGAUGCUGAAACAGCAAAUUUAACACCUAGUGAAUUAAAAAAGAUGAGAAAUAAGCAAAGGAAAGCUCAGAAAAAGGCGGAGAUGGAACGGGAGAAGCAGAAGGCUGAGUUAGAGAAGAAAGAAGCUCAAAGUAAAGCCAAGGGGCAGGACGGGGAAAUGGAUGGUCCAAAGGAAGAGGAGUUGAUACCCGACAAACUGGCCAGGGUCAGUGAUCCAUUGGAACAGGCCAUAAGAUUUCUACGCCCACUACAACUGUUAGCAUCUGACAUCAUAGACACCCAUGUCCAAGCCUACGAGAUCUACUCAAGAAAAGGCAAAUUACUGUUGAUGUUGCAGUGUAUAAAGCGUGGGCAUCGGGUUGACCCUGACAAUCCAGCCUUUCACCUGUGUAGGUUACGAUUUAGACAGGAAGUAUCCAGACGUAAGAGUGAGCUGUCAGAAACGGUGUUAUCAGUAUUGAACACAGAAAUGGCAUCCUUGUAUGGAAACAGGAACAAUCAGACAUUAAAUGAGGAAUUCUUGGAGAGAAAUGCAAAGUCCCUUCCUCACAGAGUUGCAGGGGCACGUAUGAUGUACGAACUGGACCACUGCACUCAGGAUAAAGCUAUCUCCAUGGCAACUAGGUUAUCACAUGAAUAUGAGGGAGUUACAAUACAGAAUUGUAUAGAUGUGUUGGAACUGCUAUGUGAGGGACAGUUUGGCAAAUGUGAGAAGGCAGCUGAGGACUACCAGGCACAGUGCCACGCCUAUUUCCCCUAUGCAACAGCUUUUCAGUUGCCUGCUGCCUCAAAAACAGACGCUAUCGUGGAGAACGGUGCUGCGUGCUGAAACUCAUGGAAUUAGGUUAGGGCUGUGUGACAGUGUCUAGGAAGAAUUGGGCAGUUGUGUUCGAAAACUAUCAAGGGCCUGGAGAGCAGAGGAAGAAGGGAGGUAACCCUGUAGACUGAGGUGAAGCAACUAUGUUAAAAGCUGGACAUGUGACAGCAGGCCUAGAUGGACAGGCAGCGGUUGUGUCCUCUGUGGGACUGACAGGGUAGGUCUGUGCCAUGGCACCAUUUCUCACAGGAAGGACAGAAUACUGAGCAGGCCUGUGGCCACAGCACCAUAUCUCGAGCUAGAGGGAACUCAUUUGAAAGCCGCACUGUGAAAUCAGGUGCUGUAUGUAGUUCUGAUUCUGUAUGACCUGUCCAAGGUUUCUUCUGUUCUCUCGAUGCUCAUGAUUUGUCCUACGUAUGAUCAUUAGGUCAUACUGUAUGUUUUUUGUUUUUUUUUCUUCCUUGGCAGCUCUAGUGAUCUAGGUUAAUGCACAUACUGCACAGUGUUGUAUGAAUUCCCCUGUGAC